CAAUAUGGCGGACACGGAGGCGAAAAUGGAACCAAACGCUACACCUCCAAAACACGAAGCUAGCAGUGACGAUAAAGACGCACACAAUACUUCAUAUGAAUCGAAACCAGAAGAGCCUGUCGAAGGACUAAAAUCGGAAGCUUCAGGUGGAGAAGUGAUGUCUUUAAAAGACUGCUGCAGGGAGGCCUUCGCCAAGAUCACCGAAUAUUUGAACGGCGAACUAGCUGGUUCAAUACAAGAUUAUGUUCUUCUUGAAAAGCUGAAUAAGCUGACAAUUACAAAGUACAGUGAAAUGUCAGACACUGCAAAGACACUUAUCUCAGUCAUGGAGGAAUUAGACAAGAAAUAUAAAAACCUGGAACCAUAUUUAGAGCAGAUCGACAAGGUAGAGGAAAGUGUUGCAAGCCUCGAACAAGCCGCGUACAGACUGGAUGCUUACUCUAAGAGACUAGAGGCUAAAUUCAAGAAGUUGGAAAGAAGGUGAACGGAAAUUUGAAUGUUCUUCAGGAUAAAGAGUUAGAAUUUAGUCAC